AUGGAAGACUUGAACCGUGAGCUCUAUUUGGUUUGUAUCACUCGUGUGUUUCUUGGUAGUUUCUUUGGUGUGGUUACAGGGUUUCGGUCUAUUGGUCUGGUGGUGGGUGGUUUCCUUCUUAAAGUGGUGGGAUUUAUGCUGUCAAUGAUGGUGGAAGAUAUCAAUGCUCUCUUUGAAAGACUUAACUUCUCCGAGGAAGAGGCAAUAAAAGUGGUUAGCUCGAAAGUAAAAUCUUUAAAAAUACAAGGCUAUGAGGCUUGGGCGAUUGGUAAGAUAAUGUCAGAUGAGAGGGUGAAUAAAAACGUGAUGUAUCGUGUCCUCAAAUCACUUUGGUUCACCAAGGAAGAGGUAAAUUUUGUGGAAUUAAAAGAGGGUGUGUUCUUGGUUGAGUUCGGCGUUAUAGAAGAUAGAGCACGGAUAUUAAAUCUAUCUCUAUGGUUGUUUGAUCAAUGUCUUUUUGCUAUGCUUCCAUAUGUCAAAGACCAAGGUUUAGAUAGUUAUGCUUUUAAUUUUAUGUUGUUUUGGGUAAGAAUUUUUAACAUUCCUCUUGAGUACAUGGAUAGACAGGUUGCUCUCGAUGUGGGUAAGGCCAUAGGGAAUGUGGUUGCGAUAGGCUGGCAGGAUAACGAUAGAAGGUGGACCGAAUUCAUUAGGGUAAGGGUUAAGAUAAACGUCCUGAAACCCUUACGCAGAGUGGUCCAUUUUGUUGGAAAUGAUGGCGUUGAAACAAUGUGCGCCAUAAAAUACGAACGCCUUCCAGCAUUUUGA